AUGCCUAAGGCCUUGCCGGUACUGCCCUAUAUACCAGCUGCCCCGAGCCCACGUCUCAACGCCGUAGCCAUCAUACUUGCCAUCAACCCAAUCACCUUCAUACCUCACACUCAUGUAAUAGUAAUAAACCCCACUGCUACUACAUUUCCCCUUAUGAAACUCGCCCUCAUAGACAUCCCCAUUGAUGUAUGCUUGAACAUAACACCCGGAAAUGACUUUCUUAUCCGCCUUCUGCCUCGAACCAAUCGACCAAAGCACCGGAAAAUGAGGCCGGCUCACCCGACCCUUGACAUUUAUCUUAAUCGGCAAGGACUUGGCAAGGAACAACCUAAUCGUGGGGAGCCUCAGGAUUGCUAUUGUGGCGGAGGCGGAGGUGGAGGUGGAGGCGGAGACGGCGGCGCAGGUGGCGGAGGUGGUGGUGGAAAUGGGUCAAGAAUUUCUGAGACCUAUUGUGGAAAAGACUGA